AUGGAAGUGGCACUGGUCCUCCUGGUGGCAGUUGCAGCUGCAUCUGGGUGUGGUGCGCCCAGCUACCAGCCCAACACCGGCCGCGUGGUGAAUGGGGAAGAGGCCCGUCCCCACAGCUGGCCAUGGCAGGUUUCUCUGGAGUCGUUCUUCCCCACCUGUGGAGGGACGCUUAUUGCUCCUAACUGGGUCCUGACUGCUGCUCACUGCAUCACAUUCCACACGUACAGGGUUGUUCUUGCUGAGCACAACAUGAACAAGGAGGAGGGACCUGAACAGUUCAUCAUGGUGGGAAAGAUGUUCAUCCAUCCCAAAUGGAACGACAACUGUGUGUCUUGUGGGAAUGACAUUGCUUUGCUCAAACUGGAGAAGAACGCCGUCCUCAAUGACAAAGUCCAGCCGGCUUGCCUGCCUCCGCCCGGCGCCGCCCUCGCCCACAACCAGCCCUGCUACGUCACCGGCUGGGGUCGUGGUGACACCGGUGGCCCUCAGGCGACCGCGCUGCAGCAGGCCCUCCUUCCGGCGGUGGAUCACGCCACCUGCAGUCGAAGCGACUGGUGGGGCAGCUCGGCGAAGACCACCAUGGUCUGCGCAGGAGGGGCGAGCAAGUCGGCGUGCCACGGCGACUCCGGAGGCCCUCUGAACUGCGAGGGCGGCGACGGAAAGUGGUACGUGGAAGGCGUGACUAGCUUCGUGGACGGGCGGGCCUGCAACACCACCCUGAAGCCCACGGUCUUCACCCGGGUGGCCUCGUUCGUCCCCUGGAUCAGAGAGACCAUGGCCUGGAACUGAAGACGGGACAAUAAGCUGAAUGACCUCAUUUUAAUAUUAUAUUUGUCUUGUAUUUACAGGUUAUUCAAAUAAAUAUAGCAUUCAUUAAUCAUUAGAUUACAAAUAUUA